UCGCGGGCCGCGGGGCCGCCAGCGCCGGGCGGGGGCAGAGGCUGCGGGAGAGCCCAGGAGGCCUGAAGUCCCCACGGGUCCGCGCGAGACGGCGGCGCCUCUGCUCUGCGGGCGCGUGGCGGCCUGGAGGAUCUACCCACUGCGCCUGGGCGCACGCCGGCCCCCUGCGCCCAGCGACUCGGACCAUGUCGGUUCCUCGCUUUGGGCCAAUUCAGCUAGAUCUUCUCCCUCUCCGGGCAGCCAGAGGGAUGUUUCUACAAUGCGAACCGGACCUUCUUUCAGGGCUUGGGACCCUCAAAGAGCUCCUGUGGUCGACCAAGCCUUUGUCACCCUGGCCACCAACGACAUCUACUGCCAGGGAGCCCUGGUGCUGGGGCAGUCGCUCAGGAGCCACAGACUGACCAGGAGGCUGGUGGUGCUGAUCACGCCGCAGGUGUCCGGCCCGCUCAGGCUCCUCCUCUCGAAGGUGUUCGACGAGGUCGUGGAGGUGAAUCUGAUGGACAGCGAAGACUACGUCCACCUGGCCUUUCUCCGGAGGCCCGAGCUGGGGGUCACCCUCACCAAGCUGCACUGCUGGAGGCUCACGCACUACAGCAAGUGCGUCUUCCUGGACGCCGACACCCUGGUCCUGGCCAACAUCGACGAGCUGUUUGAGCGGGGAGAGUUUUCCGCAGCCUCCGACCCCGGGUGGCCGGAUUGCUUCAACAGCGGGGUGUUUGUCUUCCAGCCGUCUCUGGAAACGCAUAAACGCAUGCUGCAACAUGCCACCGAGUACGGCAGCUUCGACGGGGCUGAUCAAGGGCUGCUGAACAGCUUCUUCAGCAACUGGCCCACGGCAGACAUCCGCAAACACCUGCCGUUCAUUUACAACCUGAGCAGCAGCUCGGCGUACACCUACGGCCCCGCCUUCAAACAGUUCGGGUCUAGCGCCAAGGUCGUGCACUUUCUGGGGUCCACGAAGCCCUGGAACUACAAGUACAACCCCCGGACCGGCUCGGUCUCGGAGCAGAGCGUGGGGCUGGGCGGCCAGCACCAGGCGACCUUCCUCAACCUCUGGUGGCACACCUACCAGAGCAGCGUCCUGCCACUCUAUGAAACCCUGCGUGCCGUGGAAACACACGCGUGCCCCGGACACGCGGUCUGCCCCAGCGGUGUUGCGGUGCCGUGUGCAAACCCAACACCCAGCGCUGCAGAGCCGUGUGCAACGUCGACCCCCAGUGCCGGGGUGCCGGGUGCGAAUCCAGCACCGGAAGCUGACCAGCCAUGUCCCACUCGGGGCCCUCCGGAGCCAAAGGUGAAAGUGGAGGAGACCCCGCUUGUCCCGGACGAGGGCCAUUCGGAAGGCACGGUAGGUUGCCCUGAAACUGGGACCUCUCCUGGGACAACGUGUGACCCCCUGUCACCGCCCUACCCUCAAUUUGCAGACCUCACAGAGACUCAGACCGCCUCGCAGCCAGAGAAUAAGGCUGAAAGUGGCCCGUACGAGAAGACCUUGGACGCCAGCCAGGAGCGCUCUGCUGAGUUCACCAGGGACCCCGGUCCCCAGGAUGGUUUGGAGGUGGCCCUGGCGGUGUCGGUGUCCGAGAUCUCCAUCGAGGCGAAGGUGAGGGUGCCGAGCGCGGAGGAGCAGCGGAGGAAGUGGGAGGAAGGGCACAUAGACUACAUGGGCAAGGACGCCUUCGCCCGCAUCCAGGAGAAGCUGGACCGCUUCCUGCAGUGAGCCCCGUGGUGCACCUGCCGGGGCGUG